AUGCUCACAGCCCUGGCGGGGAGCAUUGUGGUGACCACACCAUCAGGACUACCGAUUGAAACUCUGAGGCUGCAACACAGGUCGCCGUCAAGCUUCCUCCUGUUGCUCCUAGACUGGCAGCCCAACUGGGUGUGCUCUUGGGCUCACAUCAUGGCUGCCUCGCUCUCCCUGCUGCUCCUGGCGCCGCUUGUGCUCCUCUGCUCCCUCCUGGUGGGGCUGCCUGCGGCGGCCGCACUCGACAUUUUCAACCCGGGCUGGACUGCGGGGCAGGCCACCUUCUACCCGGAUGCAGCACAAGGCGGGCAGUGCCGGUACUUCGGGUACUACGGCAACGCGAUCGUGGCGAUCGGCAACGAGUACUGGGCCAACGGCGGCGCGUGCGGCUCGUGCUUCGAGCUGCAGUGCGACCCGAGCAACAACGGCAACGGCAAUGCCGUCUACUCCUCCGGCUGCCGCCCCGGCCUGCCCGUGCUCAAAGUCACGCUCUCCGACAUCACCGACGAGUGCUAUGCCGACAACUGCGGCAACACGGGGUACCACUUCGACCUGGACCCCAGCAAGUACGCCGAGUUCGCCAACUUCGCGGCGGAUGGGGGCGGCAUCGUCUACAUCAAGUGGAGGCGGGUGCCGUGCAACUAUCAGAAGAACCUGUUGCUGCGCGCGCACGAGCAGACCAAUCCGUGGUGGCUCGCGUUCACGGUGUUGGACCAGAACGGCGCGGGGGACAUCGACCGCGUGGAGUGGAGCAGCGCCACCCGAGGGUGGCAAAUUGCUCCGCGGUUGGCGUACUCGGGCAACACGUUCACGAUUGGGGGCUACCCGUACGAGCCGCUGUCGGUGCGCAUCACCGACUCGGAGCAAUGA